GGCCAUUGAUAUGUCACAAGGAGUCGGCGUUCGAAUUUGGCUUCGAGUGGGAUGAAGAUUUUGGGGUUCCGGGAGCGUUCGUCAUCAAGAACAAUCAUCCCAACGAGUUCUUCCUCAAAACCAUUACCCUUCAUGACCUUCCCAAUCAUGGCGAUGUCCACUUUGUAUGCCACUCUUGGGUUUAUCCGGCUUCCAAAUACAACUACGACCGCGUCUUCUUCGCAAACCAGGGAAUUCUUCCGCAGUGAUGGUGAGGGGCUCUUUAAAUUCCCAACCCCACAGAGGAUAAAACUGAAUGGAGAACCGAUGAUGAAUUUGGAAGAGAAAUGCUGGCUGGAGUGAACCCUGUCAUCAUUAGUCGCCUCCAAGAGUUCCCACCAAAAAGUAAAAUCACAAAACAGAAUAUCCUAGGCAGAUUAGAUGGUCUUUAGGUAACUUCAUUUUGUUUGUUGGUUGCACUUAAUUUGUAAAACCCCAAUAUUCUAAAAGCAAAGUGUACACACCAGCUGAACAAGGUGUUGAAAAUGGUGUGUGGCAAUUAGCUAAAGCUUAUGUUGCUGUGAAUGAUUCAGGGGUUCAUCAGUUGGUCAGCCACUGGUUGAACACACAUGCUGUGAUUGAGCCAUUCGUUAUUGCAACAAAUAGGCAAUUGAGCGCACUUCACCCAAUAUAUAAGCUUCUGCAUCCCCAUUUUCGUGACACCAUGACUAUCAAUGCUUUGGCUCGCCAGAUAUUGAUCAAUGCUGGUUGAAUUCUUGAGAAGACAGUUUUCCCUGACAGCUAUGCCAUGGAAAUGUCUGCUGUAGUUUACAAGGAUUGCGUUUUCACUGACCAGGCACUCCCAACUGAUCUUGUAAAGAGAGGUGUGGCUGUAGAAGACCCGAAUUCCCCACAUGGUGUUCGCCUACUAAUUGAGGACUACCCGUAUGCUGUUGAUGGGCUAGUAAUAUGGUCAUCUAUCAAAACAUGGGUAGAUGAAUACUGCAAGUUAUAUUACAAAUAAGAUGGCAUGGUACUGAAAGAUACUGAACUUCAGGCUUGGUGGAAGGAACUCCGAGAGCAAGGACAUGGUGAUUUAAAAGAUAAGCCAUGGUGGCCUAAAAUGCAGACAGUCCAGGAGCUGAUUGACUCAUGUACCAUUAUCAUCUGGAUAGCAUCUGCUCUUCAUGCAGCUGUGAACUUUGGUCAAUAUCCCUAUGCUGGUUAUCUCCCAAACCGCCCAACUCUGUGCCGCAGAUUCAUGCCGGAGCCUGGAACUACCGAGUACAAGGAGCUUGAGACUGAUCCAAAAAAUGUUUUCCUAAGAACAAUCACUGCUCAGCUCCAGACACUGCUAGGUGUUUCCCUUAUUGAGAUUUUGUCAAGGCAUCCUUCGGAUGAGGGCAAAGAGAGUCCCCUGAGUGGACAAAAGACCAGGAAGCUCGUGACGCAUUUGCACGAUUUGGAAAGAAGCUUGGGGAUAUUGAGGAUGGCAUAAUGAAAAUGAACACAGAUGUAAAACUGAAGAACAGGACAGGGCCUGUGAAGGUACCGUACACGUUGCUCUUCCCUACAAGCGAAGCCGAUCUAACUAGCAAAGGCAUUCCAAACAGUGUCUCAAUCUAGAGCUUCAGAACCUGUAAUAUUUUUCUGCUGCUUUGACUAUCCUCUCUGAAGAACCCAUCAGGAUUUAGGGCUCUCACAGGUCCCUCAUGGUUGACUUUGGGAGACUCAUCUGAUUUCAGAAUGGAAUUUUGUUGGGGAUCAGCAUAUCUGGGCGGCUUUGUUCCCUUUUCUAGGGCAUUUGGUAUGCGUAUUAGCCUCUCGAGGCCCUGGGCAGUAGCACGAUUCAAUCUGCAGAUCGACCUUGUGAAUUCUAUUUCAUUCAAUACUAAAUGUACUGCGCGCGCACGUUAAGGUCCAAUCAUGGGAAGUAUGAAUGAAGCUUUCCCUUAAUUGUUGCAUUUUUGAAUAUCUCACAAAGGCUAUGGAUAAAUGGCAUGACUAGAG